GCACUUCUCCCUGGUGAGCUGAGACCUGUGGGUCUGCUCCUUGACUUCCCUCUCAGAAUGGCCCCCAAACGCCAAUCUUCGCUCCAGUCUCAAACAAAAAAACCCAAACUGCCUGCCGCCCCUGAGAAGGCGAAUUCAUCGGCCUCUCUGGGUUUGCCGAAGGGAGAAAAAGAACAACAAGAAGCAAUUGAACAUAUCGAUGAAGUACAAAAUGAAAUAGACAGACUUAAUGAACAAGCCAGUGAGGAGAUAUUGAAAGUAGAACAGAAAUAUAACAAACUCCGCCAACCAUUUUUUCAGAAGAGGUCAGAAUUGAUCGCCAAAAUCCCAAAUUUUUGGGUAACAACAUUUGUCAACCACCCACAAGUGUCCGCACUGCUUGGGGAGGAAGAUGAAGAGGCGCUGCAUUAUUUGACCAGAGUUGAAGUGACAGAAUUUGAAGAUAUCAAAUCAGGUUACAGAAUAGAUUUUUAUUUUGAUGAAAAUCCUUACUUCGAAAAUAAAGUUCUCUCCAAAGAAUUUCAUCUGAAUGAGAGUGGUGAUCCAUCUUCAAAGUCCACUGAAAUCAAAUGGAAAUCUGGAAAGGAUUUGACGAAACGUUCAAGUCAAACACAGAAUAAAGCCAGCAGGAAGAGGCAGCAUGAAGAACCAGAGAGCUUCUUUACCUGGUUUACUGACCAUUCUGAUGCAGGUGCAGAUGAGUUAGGAGAGGUCAUCAAAGAUGAUAUUUGGCCAAAUCCAUUGCAGUACUAUUUGGUUCCUGAUAUGGAUGAUGAAGAAGGGGAAGGAGAAGAAGAUGAUGAUGAUGAUGAAGAAGAAGAAGGAUUGGAAGAUAUUGAUGAAGAAGGGGAUGAGGAUGAAGGUGAAGAAGAUGAAGAUGAUGAUGAAGGGGAGGAAGGAGAGGUAAAAUAAAGUUUGGCCAAACCC